GGCGCGGUGGGGCUGAGGUGACCGAAGGAGAACUGGAGAGGAUGUUCCCGGAUCUCUGCUCUGCAAGUGGGGUGCGGCGCUGCCACCCACACCCGCUCACCUAACCAGAGCGGGGAUUUCCCCGGCCCCACCUGCUAGCCUUUAGAAGAAAGUGAAAGUGAAAGGGGGGAAGAAGAAGCUUUCAGGGCUGAGGAGAUCGCAGCGCCAUGAAGCCCCAGUCCUUGCUCCUCGCUGUGGCUUUGGGCCUGGCGACCGCCGUCUCGGCUGGGCCCGCUGUGCUGGAGUGCUGGUUCGUGGAGGAUGGAGGCAGCCUGGCCAAGAGACCCGCUGCCCUGCUGCUGCGCCAAGGCCCGGAGGGACCGCCUCCCCGGCCCGACCUUGACCCCAAGCUCUACCUCAACGUGCACGACCCCGCGGGGACCCUCCAGGCUGCCUUCAGGCGGUACCCCCGAGGCGCCCCCGCUCCACACUGCGAGAUGAGCCGCUUCCUCCCGUUCCCCGCCUCCGCCGGUUGGGCCAGCGGCCUGACCCCGGAGCAGAGCUGCCCGCGAGCCCUGGACGGGUCUUGGUUGAUGGUCAGCGUGUCCAGCCCUGUUUUCAGCCUCUCCAGCCUCCUGCGGUCUCAGCCUGAGCCUCAACAGGAGCCUGUUCUCAUCACGGUGGCAACAGUGGUGCUGACUGUUCUCACCCAUACUCCCUCCCCUCAGAUCCGACUGGGCCAGGAUGCCAUGCUGGACUUGAGUUUUGCCUACAUGCCCCCCACCCCUGAGGCUACAUCCUCAACCCCUGGUCCCCCUCCCUUUGGGCUGGAGUGGCGACGCCAGCACCUGGGUAAGGGGCGGCUGCUUCUUGCUGCAACCCCUGGGCUGGGCGGGCAGAUGACAGUGGCCCGAGAGGGGGCAGUGGCAUUUGCUGCUUGGGAUGAUAAUGAGCCAUGGGGCCCAUGGACUGGAAACGGGACCCUCCGGCUGCCUGCAGUGCGACCCUUCCAGGAAGGCACCUAUCUGGCCACCAUUCACCUGCCAUAUCUGCAAGGACAGGUCACCCUGGAGCUUGCUGUGUACAAGCCCCCUAAAGUGUCCCUGACGCCAGCACCUCUGGUAUGGGCUGCCCCAGGGGAGGCACCCCCGGAAUUGGUCUGUCUCGUGUCCCACUUCUACCCCUUUGAUGGCCUGGAGUUGGAGUGGGAGCUCCGUGGUGGCUCAGAGGGCGGCUCUCAUAAGGUCGGAGGCCAGAAGUGGCUUUCUGCCCUGCGCCACCACUCGGAUGGCUCUGUCAGUCUCUCUGGGCACCUGGUGCCGCCUCCAGCCACCACCGAGCAGCAUGGGGCCCGCUAUGCCUGUCGCAUCCACCACCCCAGCCUGCCCUCCUCGGGGCGCAGUGCCGAGGUCACCCUGGAGGUGGCAGGCUUCUCUAGACCCUCCCUAGAGGAUGGCGUGGGCCUCUUCUUGUCCGCCUUUCUGCUCCUUGGGCUUUUCAAGGCACUGGGCUGUAUCGUUGCCUACCUGUUCAGUUCCAAGGAUUCAAAAGAAAAGAAAGUACAGUGAGGGCACACUCCCCACCACCACCCUGCUGAAGCUACCAUUGUCUCUGGUCUAAGCUGCUGCAGAAGAUAUCUGCUCCUUACUCCCUCCAACCCACUGUCCACUGAGUGGCUGGAAUGCUUUUUAAAAAGACACAAAUCUUAUGAUGAUCACUUUCUUAGAGCUCUAGGACAGUGGUUCUCAAACUUUUUGGCAUCUGGACCUCCUAAAAAUUAUCAAUGACCCGAAAGAGCUUUUGCUUAUGUAGGUUAUAACUAUUGAUAUUUUCCAUACUAGGAAUUAAUACAGAAAAACAAAACACAAUACACAAGCACACAUUCCAUUAGUCGUGAAAGCGAUGAUGUCAAUAUACAUCAUGUAGCCUCUGAAAAACAGCACUGUGUACUCUUAAGGAGAGUGAAAAAGGCUAACAGCAAAAUAAGUAUUAUGAAAAUACUCUUAACCUUGCAUAACUCCUCAAAUAGUCUUCCGGAAUGCCUGGGGACAGGGACAACACUUUGAGAACCGCUGCUCUAGGGGAGGAAUCCAGCCUUCCUCCGGGCCACUUGGGACACUGUCUACCUCUCCAACCCAGUAGGUGCUCCCCAGUCCCCCUUUCAAUGCUUAUCACACCCACGGCCAUUCCUUUCCUGCAGUGGUACAAACGUCUUCUACCCGUCUUCUGGUCCCUCUGCCUGACCCACCCUCGCCCUCCCUAGGCCCCAAACCAUAUUAGCUCUGUCAUUCCCCUCAGACAGCCUGAUGACCCUUUUGUACGUUUCACGACAGUUGUAUUUAAGCGCUUGUGUGAGUCGCUGUUAAAUGCCUAUAUCCCAUCCCGGACUGUCGGCUCCUCGAGGUCAGGUAAGAUCCUGCCUGCCCACUGAUGUAUCCCCCGUGCCAGCAGGGGGCUGGCGCUCGCCAGAGGAUGCUUAUCAAAUAGCUGUUGGAUGAAGGAAGCGGCGACUCGGCUUAGGGACUUUAGGGGGAGGGGCUGAUCGGCGCGAUCGACAGGGAAAAUCCCUCUAACUGUGUAGAAAUAAAGUUGUGUUUCCGUGCUUCCAA